GUUGAUUGGUUGGACAUGACGUCAGCAAAACAAUCCCAGCUGACUAUUGCAAAACAUUUCUAACGCCAGCAUGGAAGAAAUAAGUAUUGACGAUAAAACGACGGAGGAAGAACCCGUCAUAAAAAAAGCUAAAUGCGUAGGAGAGGAAAGGAAAGUGCCACGUCUUGAGGACAGGUUGAAUGGGAUUUUAUGUUGCGCUGUUUGCUUGGAUUUACCAUCAACGCAAAUUUUCCAGUGUUCUUUCGGACACCUUAUGUGUGCUUCCUGCUAUACUCACCUCUUGGCUGAUGCUCGCCUUAAGGACGAGGGAGCAACAUGUCCUAAUUGUCGAUGCGAUAUCAGCAAAACAGCCUGUUGUCGAAAUUUGGCUGUGGAAAAAGCCAUAUCAGAACUACCCGACGAUUGCCCACAUUGCGGUCAGAAAUUCUCCAGAUCCGAACUCGACCAUCACGUGCGGAGCACGUGCGCCGACAGACCAGUUGAAUGCAAAUACUCUCAGCUUGGUUGUUCAUGGUGUGGACCUUGGCACGAACUGGAAGUGCACGUGUCAGAAUGUCCCCACCCAAAAAAAUCCGGAGAGGAUAUCCUUCCAGCAUUACAGCUUAUUGAACGAGAUAAAGACCAGCAAAUCGAAGUACUCAACAGUAUCGUGAGAAUGUUAUCCUAUGAAAGCGUAUCGUUUUGUGAUAUACAACUGAGACCUUUCAGGUCUGAAGACUUUUUGACGAAAUUAUUUUAUGAAUCAAGUCGUUUUACAGCUUUGGAAAAACAGUGGGUAGUCAAAGCUAAUGUCAAUGACAACCAGAAAUACCCAGAAAGAGUCAUUAAUCGCCGCUUAUGUAUUCAACUUGUCAUUAAAACAAAACUUACCGCUUCUUUAACUAUUUACUACUUUCUUAUACCUGGACCUCAUAGCUCAGUGAAAACUAUGAAAACAGAUUUACGCAAUUUCGAAUUUGGACCCGAAGCUGUGGAAACUCCCUUCACUGAACUCUCCUUAGUUGACAAUGCUGAAACUAACAAGUUAUUGGCAGCAAAGACUAUCAAUUUUCGGAUCGUUCUAAUUCAAGUUCCAAAGUAG